AUGUUGGGGGCAGAAGCAACCCGAUCCAUGCUGACGCCAUGGUUGCUGGUGAUCCUCUUCCUAAUGAUGGCACGAAUCCUCGGUGUGCUCGCUGUUCUCGGUCUUGGCCUUCCCUCUUCAACCGUUCGAAACGUCUCUGCUAUUCUCAGGGCGAAACGUCUCUGCUAUUCUCAGCCUCUGAGAUGCCACUUUUUGGCAUCUCAGAGGCUCGUCCUCGAGCCAAAAACCAAAAAUCAACCCAUAGUGGGAGCCCCGUCACCGGACCGGAUUCCCGGCCUCUCGACCGAUGGCGUGUCAGAUGAGUGCCGAGGCGAUACCGAUUGCAAUAUUCCAGGACUCACACGUUCAGCACGCAGCCGUUCGUUCAGCAUGCCGAGUGAUAGGCGAUGUUUUUCUCCUAUUGUAGUACCAGUCGGUUCGCCCGGCUUCACUCCUUUGACAAAGCUCUAG